GAAAAGAUUUGCAACACCGGGCCUGGUCUUGGCGCCGGCUCGCCCAAUCUAGAGCUGAAUUGAUCCUUCUGUUCGUCUCAUUUUGUUGACAGAUGGUAGAUAGGUUUUUCUCCUUGAAAUAUUACUGGGAUUUAUCUGAACUCUAUUACUAAGCGAAAAGAAAACAUGGGUAGAAUAGCGACGGCGGCGAUAGUGAGCCUUUGGGUAAUUCCCGUAUCCGUCCUGGUCAAUCGCAUUGUUCCUGAUCCUUACAUGGAUGAGAUUUUCCACAUACCUCAGGCUCAAAAAUACUGCAAUGGCGAUUUCAUGAGCUGGGAUCCUAUGAUCACUACCCCACCUGGCCUAUACUAUCUUUCACUUGUUCAUGUUGCUGCUUUGCUUCCGAGUAAGUAUGUUCUACAACUGGCUUCAUCGUUCCCGGAAGCUUGCUCCACUGCGGUUCUUCGCUCUGUAAAUGGGGUCUUGGCAGUACUGUGCAGCAUUAUAGUCUAUGAGAUAAUAACCCACUUGAGGCCAGCUUUUGAUGAUAGAAAAGCAACACUUUUUGCAGCAGUUCUAGCCCUGUAUCCACUCCACUGGUUCUUCACUUUUCUUUACUAUACUGAUGUUGCAUCACUCACUGCUGUGCUCGCCAUGUAUCUUGCAUGUCUGAAGAAGAAAUAUCUAUUCAGUGCAUUGCUUGGGGCAAUGGCGGUUGUUAUUCGACAGACAAAUAUUAUAUGGAUGCUUUUUGUUGCCUGCUCUGGGGUCAUUGAUAUAACCAUGGCACAUCAAAAAGAUAGUGUGGAAGUAGAUGAUUCAAAGGCAUCAAACAAGGGUACCAAUCUGUCGGCUCUCAAUACCAGUGUCAAUGUGAGUUCAAACUUGAAGAGAAGAAAGUCCAGGGGAAACUCAAAGGCUAAUCAACACAUCUUUUACCCGUCAAACGCCUCUUCAGCAUCCCCAACAUUAGGUCUGCUUCAUGAGAUUCAAGCUAUUGUUUUGUCUUCAUGGCGCAUGAAGUGGGAGCUUUUGGUCUCCUUUAGCCCAUUCUUUUUUGUACUGCUUGCAUUUGUUGCUUUUCUCCUCUGGAAUGGAAGUGUAGUUCUUGGUGCAAAAGAAGCUCAUGCAGUUUCUCCACACUUUGCACAAAUAAUGUAUUUUAGCAUUGUUUCCACUCUUUUUGCGGCUCCUCUGCAUUUCACAAUAGGUCAUGCCCUAGAUUUGUUUCAAUCAUUCUGGAAAAACAGGCUGCUUGGAUUUCUCCUUCUAUUCUUGGCUUCUAUUGCUAGCCUCCUUUCCGUCCAUUUUUUCAGCAUUGCUCAUCCUUAUCUUCUUGCUGACAAUCGGCAUUAUACCUUCUAUCUUUGGAGGAAGAUCAUCAUAUUUCAUUGGUCAAUGAAAUAUCUUCUGGUGCCAUUUUAUGUUUAUUCAUGGUUCUCAAUCUUUCGAUUAUUGGGUAAAACUCGGAUGAGGAUCUGGACAUUGGUAUAUUUCUUUGCUACCUCUGCUGUUCUUAUUCCUGCACCGCUAAUUGAGUUCAGAUACUAUACAAUACCAUUCUAUUUUUUCAUCCUUCAUACCAGUAUUAACGACAGCCGAAGCUGGCUUCUCAUAGGGAUUCUAUAUACAGUCCUGAAUGCCUUUACAAUGACAAUGUUCUUGUUUCGGCCAUUCCACUGGGACCAUGUGCCCGGGGUCCAGAGGUUCAUAUGGUAGAUACUAAACACUAAAAGCUAAAAACAAGACAAGCAUCACAGGUUUUGCUAAUUGCAGUAUUCGUCAUUGGAUCAUAGAGAACUAACACCCUUUCAUUCAUGUGUUGGCAUCUAAAAUUAACCCUGUAUUACUUCUUGUAAUUCUUACCAUUCAUCUCGAGCAAAUGGAUAUUUCAUGUUUGAUAUUUCAUAUCGAGCAAAUGGAUAUUUCAUGUUUGGUAUUUCAUGUUUGAUAUUUCAUCUCGAGCAAAUGGAUAUUUCAUGUUAAGAGUUAAGGCUCUUUCAGUUGCCUAUA